AUGGCUUUUUCAACUGCUCUGAAACUCUCCUUGCGGCACUAUCCCCGCACAGUCACAACUACUGGUGUCAACACCUUUCUCCGUCAACUCUCGACCACACCAUCAAUUAAUCAUAGCUAUCAAGCAUCUACAAAUGAUUCCACCUCCCCCUUCGCUCCGCGACAUUUCUUAUCAAUUGCAGAUCUUUCAGCUUCUGAACUUUCCACUCUUGUCCGCCAGUCCAGCAAAGCCAAACAUGCCAUUAAGACUGGUAAUAUCUCCACUUCACUUCAGGGCACAUUAUCUGGGAAGACAAUCGCGAUGAUGUUUUCCAAACGUUCUACCAGAACUAGAGUAUCCACCGAGGCCGCAGUGGUAUACCUCGGUGGCCAUCCUAUGUUCUUAGGAAAGGAUGAUAUUCAACUUGGGGUUAAUGAAUCGCUCUACGAUACCUCUAAAGUCAUCUCCUCAAUGACAUCUGGUAUCGUCGCCCGUGUUGGCCCUCAUUCAGAUAUUGCCGAACUCGCAAAAACGUCAACAGUUCCAGUCAUCAAUGCACUUUCUGACGCUUUCCACCCCCUUCAAGCGGUCACCGAUGUUCUCACCAUAACCGAGCACUUCCCUAAACAUAAGGGCAUCAAGGUGGCUUGGGUUGGCGACGCAAACAAUGUUCUUUAUGACCUUGUCAUAGCUUGUGGGAAAAUUGGGAUCAACGUUUCUAUAGCCACCCCGAGUAUGUAUCCCGUGGGUCCUGACAUGCUUGAGCUUGCUCGUCUUGUAGCCGAUAAAAGUGGUGCGAUAAUUGAGACUACCCAUGAGCCCGAGAUGGCAGUAAAGGGAGCCAACGUCAUCGUUACGGAUACCUGGGUUUCUAUGGGGCAAGAAUCAGAGAAAGUUAAAAGAUUGAAGCAAUUCCAGGGGUUCCAAGUCACGGCAGAGCUUGCCAAAAAAGGAGGCGCAGACAAAGAUUGGAAAUUCAUGCACUGCUUGCCAAGGAAACCUGAAGAAGUCUCGGAUGAUGUCUUUUACUCCCCGAGAAGUUUAGUCUUUUCUGAAGCGGAAAAUAGGCUUUACGCGGCGAUCGCAGCUUUGGAAGCGUUUGUGGUUAAAAAGGGGAAAUUUGACGAAUAG